CUAUUAACUUUUCUCUUUUAUUUCUAGAAUGAAAUGUGUCUUGCCACACAACAGCUUUCAAAGCAGCUCCUUGCCUAUGAAAAACAGCAUUUUGCCUUAGGUAAAGGAGAUGAAGAAGUGAUAUCCACUCUUCAUUACUUUUCAAAAGUUGUGGAUGAGCUCAAUAUUCUCCAUUCUGAAUUGGCAAAACAGCUUGCAGAUACGAUGGUUCUCCCAAUAAUACAAUUUCGGGAAAAGGAUCUCACAGAAGUAAGCACACUGAAGGAUCUCUUUGGCCUUGCUAGCAAUGAACAUGACGUGUCCAUGGCAAAGUAUAGCAGGUUACCGAAAAGGAAAGAAAAUGAAAAGCUGAAGGCAGAAGUGGCCAAAGAAGUGGCAAAUGCGAGGAGAAAGCAGCAUCUUUCAUCUCUGCAAUAUUACUGUGCCCUGAAUGCUCUGCAGUACAGGAAGAGAGUGGCAAUGAUGGAACCUAUGCUAGGAUACGCACGAGGACAGAUCAACUUUUUUAAAAAAGGAGCAGAGAUGUUUUCCAAAAGGAUGGAUAGCUUUUUGUCUUCUGUUUCAGACAUGGUUCAAAGCAUACAGGGAGAGCUGGAUGCUGAAGCUGAAGCAAUGAGGGUAUCGCAGCAAGACUUAAUUUCAGUUAAUGAAUCCGUUUACACUCCGGACUCUGAUGUAACUUCACCUGCUAUCAAUAGAAAUCUCAUCCAGAAGGCUGGCUACCUCAAUCUAAGAAAUAAAACAGGUCUGGUGACGACCACGUGGGAAAGGCUGUAUUUCUUCACUCAAGGUGGCAACUUGAUGUGUCAGCCCCGGGGAGCAGUAGCUGGAGGAUUGAUUCAGGAUCUGGACAACUGCUCCGUGAUGGCCGUAGACUGUGAAGACAGAAGAUACUGCUUUCAGAUCACCACUCCUACAGGCAAACUGGGUAUAACUCUUCAGGCAGAAAGCAAGAAGGAGUAUGAGGAGUGGAUAUGUGCCAUCAACAACAUCUCCAGACAGAUCUAUCUCACUGACAAUCCCGAGGCAGCUGCUAUCAAGUUAAAUCAGACGGCCCUGCAAGCAGUGACUCCCAUUACCAGCCUGGGGAAGAAACACGAAGUUCAGCAUCCCAGCCAGAAUGUAAAGAAUAUGGCAAAUGAUAAAGCAGUUCCCCAUGAAACAGCUGGCAUGCAAGACUCAACACAACUCAUUGCUCCUGGAACCCCGAUUCAGUUUGAUAUUGUACUGCCUGCCACGGAGUUCCUGGAUCAGAACAGAGGUGGCAGGCGUUCAAACCCGUUUGGGGAAUCUGAAGACGGCAGUAAAGAUGAGGAGGAAGAUUCACUCCUGCAGCAGAUGUUCGUAGUCCGGUUUUUGGGCUCCAUGGCUGUUCAGUCCGAUGACACAAGUGAGGUGAUAUACGAAGCUAUGAGACAAGUGUUAGCUGCUCGAGCCAUUCAUAACAUCUUCCGUAUGACCGAGUCCCACCUCAUGGUCACCAGCAAGAACCUGAGGUUAAUUGACCCUCAAACCCAAGUUACGCGAACAAGUUUUGACCUUGCAAGCGUGACCCAGUUUGCGGCUCAUCAGGACAACAAGAGGCUGAUUGGUUUUGUGGUGCGUCCCGGUGACACUCUGGGAGAGGAAUCCCUGAGCGCGUAUGUUUUUGAGAGCAACACGGAAGGGGAAAAGAUUUGCUAUGCCAUCAGCUUGGGAAAAGAAAUCAUUGAGGCACAGAAGGACCCGGAAGCGCUAGCUCAGUUAAUGAAGUCUGUGCCAUUAACAAACGAUGGGAAGUUUGUGCUCUUAAACGACCAGUCUGAAGAGGACGGGACCCUACAUGAACAAGGGGAAGAGUCAGAAGCGUAA